UAUGUCAGUGAAAAUAAAAAUAUUGUUAGCCUUUAGAGGUUAGUAAAUUAAAAAUUGGAUUAGUUUCUAUUUAUUUCUUGUAUUAAAUUGAGUAGAUAUAUGGUGUUACAGUCGAAUAAUGCUUAAUUACUUAUUUUGAAUACUCUUAAAUAAAAUAAAACGCAUUGUAGUUUCACUAGCCAUCAAAAUGGAUGAAUUAAUUGUUGGAACCUACGAAGGCUUCUUGCUUGGAUACUCCUUGCGCAACGAAAAUGAGGUUACAAAAUUAAAACAGACAUUCGCAACACAUUCACACACAUCAUCCGUGCGUUGUUUAUCAAUUGUCGGUAAAUUCCUUGCCUCAGGAGGAACUGACGAUAAAGUAGUGGUUAUUGAUAUGAAAACAAGAAAAGAACAUACUGUACUUAUGAACCAUGAUGGCACAAUAAAUACUGCAGCUUUUACUCACGGAGGCACCCAUCUUUUGACGGGAAGUGAUGAUGGAUCAAUUAUCGUAACAAGAACAGGCAACUGGCAAGUAGAGAAAAUAUGGAAAAAAGCCCAUGGAGGACAGCCAGUAACAUCUAUAGCUAUACAUCCUUCGGAUAAAUUAGCCUUUAGUUUAGGCGGUGAUAAGACUUUGAGGACUUGGAACCUUGUAAAAGGCAGACCAGCUUUCACCAUAAACCUUGCUAGUAAAGGUCUUAUUUCUCCAUCCAAUAUUACAUUUUCACCUGAUGGGAACAAGUUUUCCCUUGCUUCACAACAGAAUGUUGAUGUUUGGAUGAUUAAAGAAGCUGCUUUAGAGAAAAGAAUUAAAUGUAAUUCAAAACCCACUUGUAUUCAGUGGGGUAGUGACGAACAGUUAUUUGUUGGUUUAGAAAAUGGAAACAUUCUUACAUUUACUGUCUCUGACUCACAGGCACAAACAUGUCCAGCUCAUAAACAAAGGGUCAAGUGUUUGUAUUUUGAAAAUAACACACUAUAUUCUGCAUCUAGCUCAGGAGAAUUGAAGGUAUGGACAGUUAAAGGAAGCCAACUGAAAGAAAUUUCAUCUACAAAUGCUGCUUGUCGUAUAACCUGUGUGGCGUUGAAUAGACAAAAUCAUUUAAUAAAGAAAGAGGAAUCUGAUGAAGAAAAUAACAAUUCAAAUGUUAAGGAGUCUGAUAGUGAUGGCUCAGAUGUUGAAAAUACCGUGAAACUCCCUACUAAGAGAAAACCUGGGGCUUUUGUAACUAUUAGUUAUGGAGAUGAAGAGAAUAAAACUGAGUCACCAGAAGCACCUCAACCUCCUAAAAAAGCUAAGAAAAGGAAGAGAAGUAAAAGAGUAAAGAAUAAGAAUAAAGACUAAAAAACUUAACACUAAA